GAGUGACUGUGUUUGGAGGAGAAAGACAGGAGUGGGCAGAGUGAGAGGGAAGACAGGAACGAGGGAGAGAAGUUAAAAUAAAGGUUAACCCUGGAGAAUGAAGUGGUGACCAAGAGACAGGCAGACAGUGAAGAGAGAUGACAAGAUAGUGUGACGGGGACAGAUUCACAGUGUGGAAAACCUGAACAGGAGAAAAGGACAGUUAAGGGCUUUUGAAGACAGACAGGAGACAGAAGGGGAGUAUCUGGAACCUUUUCAUUUAUCACAGCUUCCUCUUAAGACAUCAGAGAGGGUGAAAGACAGGAAACCCUACAGGUGUAGAUGCAGACAGGUGGACAGUUAGACAUGCUGUCUAUGCUUCUGCUUCUCUGCGUGGCUAGAGGAGUAUGGGGGUCCACCCCUGAAGCGUGGGGGUACGGACAGGGGCCGGCAGCACCAGUCUGCCCGUCUCCAUGCCAGUGUGAAGAAGAUGGGAUCUUCAUGAUGGUGGACUGCUCAGAACUGGGACUAUCGUCUGUGCCAGCCAACCUCAGCCCUCUCACCACAUACCUGGAUCUGAGUAUGAACAACAUCAGUGAGAUCCAGCCCAGAGCCUUCCACCGGCUGCACCUGUUAUCAGAACUGCGCAUCUCAGGGAAUCAGCUGAGGUAUAUCUCAGGCCACGUUCUCCAGGGUCUCUACAACCUCAAAGUUCUGAUGCUACAAAAUAACCAACUGGAGAGACUUCCUGAUGAUGUUCCAUGGGACCUACCCAACCUACUGUCCUUGCGUCUUGAUGCUAACCUGCUGUCUGAGGUUCCAGCUAGGGCCUUUACAGGAGUUCACUCUCUGAGACACCUGUGGUUGGAUGACAACUCCCUAACAGAGAUCCCGGUGCCAGCCCUGGAUUCUCUGCCCUCUCUGCAGGCCAUGACAUUGGCCCUCAACCAGAUCACACACAUUCCAGAUUAUGCAUUCACCAACCUCUCCGCCCUUGUUGUACUACAUCUCCAUAACAACCAGAUCCAGAGCAUGGGCGCAAGAUGUUUUGAAGGUUUACACAGUUUGGAGACACUGGAUUUAAACUACAAUGAUUUGCAGGAGUUCCCUGUGGCCAUCAGGACACUGAGUAAGCUUCAGGAACUGGGCUUCCAUAACAACAAUAUCAAAGCCAUCCCUGAGAGGGCCUUUGUGGGAAACCCUCAGCUCCAAACCAUCCAUUUCUAUGAGAACCCCAUCCAGUUUGUGGGAAAAUCCGCUUUCCAGUUCUUACCUAAGUUGCACACACUUUCCCUUAAUGGAGCAACCCAGAUUCAAGAGUUUCCUGACCUGAAAGGAACCACCAGCCUGGAAAUUCUGACACUGACUCGUGCAGGUCUCUCAGCUCUCCCUCUGGAUCUAUGUGAGCAGCUGCCUCGCCUCAAAAUGCUGGAGCUGUCUUACAACCAGAUAGAGGAGCUGCCUAGUUUUCACCACUGCACUGCUCUGCAAGAGAUCGGGCUACAACAUAACCAAAUCACAAGGAUAGAGUCAAGCACCUUCCAGCAGCUCACUUCUCUAAGAGCACUCGAUCUUAGCUGGAACAUGAUCCAAUGGAUCCACCCUGAUGCUUUUGCCUCAUUUCACUCUUUGAUCAAACUGGACCUGACUGAGAACCGCCUCAGCUCAGUACCUGUUGCAGGUUUGGGGGGUCUCACCCAUCUCAAGCUGCGGGGCAACACAGAGUUAUACGAGGCCUUUAGUCCUGAUUACUUCCCUCGCAUGAGGGUGAUAGAGAUGCCUUAUGCCUACCAGUGCUGUGUAUAUGGAUCCUGUGAUAACUACAAGCGGGACGCAGAGCAAAGCAACACUGAUGAGGACCUACACAAGAGAACUGUAGCUAUGUACCCUAUCCACGCCGACGCACACUAUGACCCUGACCUGGAGGAGUUCCAACUAGAAAUAGAGGAGUCAAAACUACAGACCAGUGUCCAGUGCACACCCACACCAGGUCCCUUCCGUCCCUGUGACUCUCUGUUGGACAGCUGGCUGGUUCGUGUGGGCCUGUGGUCCAUCUCCCUGGUGUCUCUGCUGGGGAACUCUCUACUGCUUCUGUCUCUUUUUGACUCAGCCAGCUACCUGUCACCACUCCGAUUCACUGUGGCCUGCAUGGGAGCCUCAAAUCUGCUGACGGGCGUGUGUACGUGCACCCUGGCCCUUGUGGAUGCUCUUACUCUGGGAGAGUUUGGCCACCAUGGUGCUCGCUGGGAAAAGGGUCCUGGCUGUCAAGCGACAGGAUGGGUCUGGGUGUUUGCGUCUGAAGCGAGUGUGUUGCUGCUGACUCUCGCAGCCGUGCAGUGUGGUGUGAGCGUGUCAUGUGCCCGUGCCUAUGGGAAGUCCCCAUCCCUUAGAAGUGUACGCACAUGUGCACUUUUCUGCGUCAUUCUUUCCCUUAUCCUGGCCUCUCUUCCAGUGGUAGGAGUUGGAGAGUAUGGGUCCUCACCUUUAUGCCUUCCCUCACCCUUGCCUCCAUCAUCCUCUCAGCUGCCGACCUCCCUGGGCUUCCCCUUGGCCCUCAUUAUGAUGAACACCCUUUGCUUGCUUAUAAUCACAGGUUCAUACAUCCGUCUAUACUGGGAGUUACUUAGGGGGGAGUGUGAGGGCCUGUGGGACUGUGCUAUGAUCAAACAUGUUGCCUGGCUAAUAUUUACCAAUGGUCUCCUCUAUGUACCAGUAGCUUUCCUCUCCCUCUGCUCACUCCUGGGUCUUCUCUCUCUGGGGGAGGAGGUGUUAAAAUCAGUCCUCCUGCUUCUCCAGCCCCUGCCUGCCUGCCUCAAUCCUCUGCUCUUUCUCCUUUUCACACGAGACCAUUCCCAAUUUUUCUUCUGGCCUCAUCCCAAAGCAUGUCCACAGCUACGCCGAGACCGCACUCUGGACUCGCUGGUUUCUGUGGAAACAGAGAAGAGCUCCUGCUCCGAUUCCUCAACGCAGGUAUCACUCAAUGAUGCUGACGGCCCCCACAUCAGAUUUUCCCACUGCUCUUCUACUUCUUCCGUUCCUCUCAUUCCUUGCCAGAUACUCAUUCCCACAGCCAGAGAAAGAGACAUGGUAACAGAACACGAAAUCCUGAAUGACGAUGAAUGUCUAAGGAGUUUGGAUCAAGAAGUGAUUCAUAAGACUUGCCCCCUGUAUCACUCUACCAUGAGUCCCUCUCAUCCAUGAGCCUCCAAGCUAGGUGUGUGAAAAAGUGGGACAAUAGGACAUUAAAGAAACAGCAGAAGCUCUGGGUUAUUAAUCCCCAAGCACCUCCACACAGACUAUAGAGUACUUUGGAGAAGCUAAUGAGACACAGCAAAGUGCCUCUGAAAAUAGAGAAUGCAGCUAAAAGUUCCUUUCAAAAUAAAGACUAAGGAAACACCACAAUACAGCACUCACUAGUGGACUGUGUCUGUCAUGGACUCACAAGACAAAAAGCAAACUCAAAUAAAAGCUUGUGACUGACUACAUUGAAAAUCUAAGCAUCAGACAAAUCAAUGGUUUAGUGGGGGAGUUUAAGUAAAACCAAUAGAAUUUUAAGUGUAAAUGAAAUGUGAUCAUGAAACAUGCAGCUUAUUGGUUGGUUAUAGUUCAAAUAUAAUUAUCCUUGUUUUUUUUAUAUAAGUUCUACCUUAUCGCUAAGGUCUGUUUCAAAUAAACAGAACUCAUCAUCAAGCACACGAGGACAUUUUACCAGGGUAAGCUAAUAUUUUUCACUCACCGCUAUGUUAUUGUCAGAUAUAUUUCUCUGCAACUGUGUAACAGCAGUUAUAAAAAUGUUAUUCUUUAUGUGGCAGCCAAAUGCAACAUGAAACACAUUGCACAUAAUUUUAUACAGUUUACACAAUUUUGUUUCCAAUAUGCAACUCUGCCCAACAGGAGGCAAGCAGUUAUACAGACUGAAUGGGAUGUCGCUAUCUUUCUACAGACAUUAUAGUAGGCUAGCAAUACAUACGUAUGAUGUAACUACCUCUGAACUAGCAUGGUAUUGACUCACUACAGCCUUAAGA